CGCGUGCGCGAGUCCCCGCCGCCGCCCCCCGCCCCCUCAAACCGGGCUCCACAGCAGGGGCCCGAGCCGCUGGCGGCGGGGCGGGGGGGGCGCCCGGAUGAGCCCCGAGUGCGAGGAGCCGCCGCCCCCCAGCGCAGGGCGCCAUGUUUUGGAAGUUUGACUUACACACGAGCUCACACCUCGACACGCUGCUGGAGCGGGAGGACCUGAGCCUGCUUGAGCUACUGGACGAGGAGGACGUGCUACAGGAGUGCAAGGUCGUCAACCGCAAGUUACUGGACUUCUUGUUGCAGCCACCGCACUUGCAGGCCAUGGUGGCCUGGGUCACCCAGGAGCCGCCAGCCAGUGGCGAGGAGCGACUGCGCUACAAGUACCCCAGUGUGGCCUGUGAGAUCCUGACCUCAGAUGUGCCCCAGAUCAAUGAUGCGCUGGGUGCUGACGAGUCCCUCCUGAACCGGCUCUAUGGCUUCCUACAGAGCAGCGGCAGCCUCAACCCACUGUUGGCCAGCUUCUUCAGCAAGGUCAUGGGCAUCCUCAUUAACCGCAAGACAGACCAGCUUGUGUCCUUCCUGCGGAAGAAGGAUGACUUCGUUGACCUGCUGCUACAGCACAUUGGCACCUCAGCCAUCAUGGACCUCCUGCUGCGUCUCCUCACCUGCGUGGAGCGGCCACAGCUGAGGCAGGAUGUGGUCAACUGGCUCAACGAGGAGAAGAUUGUGCAGCGGCUCAUAGAACAGAUCCACCCGUCGAAGGAUGACAAUCAACAUUCCAAUGCAUCCCAAUCCCUGUGCGACAUCAUCCGCCUGAGCCGGGAGCAGAUGAUCCAGGUCCAAGACAGCCUAGAGCCCGACCAGCUGUUGACCACCCUGGAGAAGCAGGAGACGAUUGAACAGCUCCUGAGCAACAUGCUGGAGGGAGAGCAGAGCCAGUCUGUCAUUGUGAGCGGGAUCCAGGUGCUCCUGACCCUGCUGGAACCCCGAAGGCCAAGGUCCGAGUCUGUGACCGUGAACAACUUCUUUAGCAGUGUGGAUGGGCAGCUGGAGCUUCUGGCCCAGGCGACCCUGGAUAGCAGCAUGUCCAGUGUGGGCGCCCUGCACGCCCUGCGCCCACGGCUCAGCCGUUUCCACCAGCUUCUGCUUGAGCCCCCUGAGCUGGAGCCACUGCGUACUACCUGGGGCAACCUGGCCCCGCCUCUGGGCAAUACUCGGCUGCAUGUGGUCAAGCUGCUGGCCAGCGCUCUGAGCGCCAACGACCCAGCCCUGACGCAGGAGCUCCUGGCACUGGAUGUGCCCAACACCAUGCUGGACCUCUUCUUCCACUACAUGUUCAACAACUUCCUGCAUGCCCAAGUGGAGUUCUGUGUGAGUGCCAUGCUCAGUGCUGGGCCUCCUUCCGACAGCAGCCUUGAGAUGCCUGUCCCAAAUCCCGUUGUGAAACAUCUCCUGCAGCAGUGCCGCCUGGUGGAGCGCAUCCUGACAUCCUGGGAAGAGAACGACCUUGUGCAGUCUACCGGGGGCCCCCGCAAAGGCUACAUGGGCCACCUGACGAGACUGGCCAACGCCCUGGUGCAGAACACGGAGAAGGGGCCCAAUGCUGAGCAGCUGGGGCAGCUGCUGAAGGAACUGCCGGGUGAGCAGCAGGAGCGGUGGGAGGCCUUUGUGGCCGGACCCCUGGCCGAGACGAACAAGAAGAACAUGGUGGACCUGGUGAGCACGCACCACCUGCACUCCUCCAGCGAUGAUGAGGACGACCGGCUCAAGGAGUUCAACUUCCCCGAGGAGGCAGUACUGCAGCAGGCCUUCAUGGACUUCCAGAUGCAGCGCAUGACCUCAGCCUUCAUCGACCACUUUGGCUUCAAUGAUGAGGAGUUUGGGGAGCAGGAAGAAAGCGUGAAUGCGCCUUUUGACAAGACAGCUAACAUUACAUUCUCCCUCAAUGCUGACGACGAGAACCCCAAUGCCAACCUGCUGGAGAUAUGCUACAAGGACCGCAUCCAGCAAUUUGAUGACGAGGAUGAGGAUGAGGAGGAGGGCCAGGGCUCUGGGGAGUCUGAUGAAGAGGAUGGCGCCUGGCAGGGCAGCCAGCUGACCAGAGGAGCCCGCCGCGGCCAGCCCCCGGGUGUGCGCACAGCCGCUGACAGGUGGUUUCUGGGCAGGAGUGGGGGCAGCACAGACAGCGAGGAAGAGGAGGAUGACGACGAGGAGGACGAGGACGACGGUGACGGCCGUGUGGCUGGUGGGGGCGCCGGGCCCCCCUCUUAUCCUAGCCCCGGCCCCCAGCCUCCGGGCCCCAGCUGGACAGCCACCUUUGACUCAGUGCCUACAGAUGCCCUGACCGGCCCCCGAGACUCUGGGGAGAAGGAGCCGAGCUCUGGGCUCUUUGCCCCACAGGGGUCCCUCAGCAUACCCCGGGACCUCCCUGCCUUGAGCCUGGCCGGCCCUGUGGCCUGCACCACCCUGCAGCUCAGGUCUCAGGACCCCGUGUCCCCCUCAGCACCUCAGGAAGCCACAGAUGGCAGCAAAGUAGCAGAGCCUUCGGCCCCCUGCCAGUCCUUGGUCAGCAUUGGGGACCUCCAGGCCACACUCAGAGGGACAUGCUCCACCCCCAGCUCCUUGGACAGUGCAACCAGAGACCCUGCUACCUCUGUUCCAGCCUCCGGGGCCUGCCAGCACCCCCAGACCACAGAGGGGGAGAAGAGCCCAGAGCCCUCAGGGCUCCCUCAUAGCCAGAGUGCCCAGGCCCUUGAGCCACCUCCAAUGCCCAAUGGCUCUGCCCCCGGAGGGCCAGCGUCCCUGGGUUCCCAGUAACUGCCCGGUCCCGGUGGUGGCGGCUAAAUCCUCUGUACUCCACAUGGACCCUGCCCGAGUGGGGGCAGGGUGGGGCCCAUAGUGGCCCUGUUGCCCCAUCACCCUGUCCCCACCCUCUCUGCCCCCACAUUCUCUCCUUUAGACUCCCAGGAGCCCGGUGCCAGGGAGACAGGCCCCUACCCACCUCCAUUUGCACUGAGAAAAGAAAUUAUGGAGUUUUGUCUCCUAGAAUAAAGAAACAGAGUUGAGUAGAGAAAAAGAAGAGAGAGAGAGAGAGAGACCUAUAUUAUAUAUUAUAUACAGAGAGAGAGUGGGUGGAUGGAGAGCCAGGAGCAGGCCCGGCCAGGCAGGGCAGCUGGUGGGACCUGCUUCCCAUCCCGGUGGGGUGGGGGGUGGGGGUGCUGUGUAGGGUCCUGGGGCCGUUGCCCACUCUCCCCUCCCACCAUGCCUCCAGCCUCCAGUGCAGAUGUCCACACCCACACUUGGUCAGGUCCACCUCGGGGGAGGGCCCGAGUGGGGGCCGUGCCUUUGCCCAAACCCUUGCCCUGGACCCUGCACUUUGACCCUGGCUGGGAGAUAAAGGACCCACCUGGCUCUGCUGGCUCUGUGGGAGCUGGCAGUCCCCAUCCAGGGGGUUUCUCCGGUGACAUUCCCAUGGGGCCCUGAUGCACUCACUGAGAGCCCCCUCUUGCACCUCCCAUGGACCCCGGGGGUGGGGAGUUGGCGGGGGUCUGGCUGGGGUCCCCUUCCUAUGCCCAAGGGUCUGGGGUCCAGCCCAGCUGCCAAGUGACCUUGUCCCAGCUCCCUCUCCCCAGGCUGGCGUGAGUGUGCGUGUGUUCGUGCUGAGCUUCUAUUUCAUAUUGCAAAUAUAAAUAAAGACAGUUUAAAUUCCUGCUCA